UUAGCACUUGAGGAGUUGAGGUGGCGCUGCCAUUGAGAAAUAGUAGUAACAAGUUAACAACUAGUAACAAGUAACAUGUAGAAGCUGAUGAAUUUGCUGUGCCACACCCAAAAAGCCAAACUUGUAGCAGCGGACGCCGCAAAGCAACUCAUACAUCUCAACUUCCAAUUGUCAAAACUUACCCGCUCAAAUCGUCACUAUGAUUGUCUCUCUCUCUUCCUGCAAAUCUACUCAUCUGAUAUCCUAACCCCAGACCAUUAUUCUCUCUCAUCUGCUCUUACUGCCUCUGCCAAUACACGCAACUCCAGAUUUGGGAACCAGCUUCAUGCUCUUGCUACUUACACUGGACUAAAUCACUUUCCCCAUGUCUCAAAUUCUCUACUUUCACUCUAUGCCAAAUCUGAGGAGUUGGGUUAUGUUAAAAGGGUUUUUUCUGAACUGGGUGCACCUGAUAUUUACUCUUGGACCACUCUAUUAUCAGCAUGUACUAAGUUGGGUCAGGUUUCUUAUGCCUGCAAACUGCUCGAUGAAAUGUCUCUGAGAAAUGUUGAGCCUUGGAAUGCUGUGAUCACUGGUUGUUCUGAAAAUGGGUAUGAGGAUGUAGGGUUUGAUUUGUUUAGGCGAAUGCAUAUGUUGGGUGUGAGGCAUGAUAAUUACACUUUUGCUUGUGUUCUUAGCUUGUGUAAUGUUGUUGAAUUAUAUGGCUUUGGGAAGCAAGUGCAUUCUUUGAUUUAUAAGAGUGGGUUUUUGGGUAUGAGCUCGGUGGUGAAUUCUUUGCUUACAAUGUAUUUUAAUUUCGGAAAUGUGAUGGGUGCUUGUAGAGUUUUUGAAGAAGUAGAUGAGAUGGUGCGAGAUGAGAUUACCUAUAAUGCAAUGAUCAAUGGGUUAGCAGGCCUUGAGAGGAAGGAAGAGGCCUUGGUAAUGUUCCAAAACAUGUUAUAUGCUCAGCUAAGACCUACUGAGUUAACUUUUGUGAGCCUUAUGAGCUCGGGUUUGCUUCUGAGCAUGAGCUUCCAGUUACAUGCCCAGGCUAUAAAGGCAGGUUAUGAACCUUGUACAGCUGUGAGCAAUGCUGCAAUGGCAAUGUAUGCUGAGCACGGGCAAUUGGAUUCGAUUAGGAAAAUAUUUGAGAAAUUGGAAAUGAAGGAUGUUGUUUCAUGGAACACUAUGAUAGCUGGAUAUGCUCAUAACAAUGAUAUGCAAUUAGCAAUCUUGGCUUAUAUGGAGAUGAAGAAAACUGGGUUUGUUCCAGAUGAGUAUACAAUUGGAGCCCUCUUAAGUGGCUCAGAGAGCUUAGAGUUUGUCCAGAUGGUUUAUGCCCUUGUGCUGAAAAAUGGUCUUAGUCUGACAAGUGAAGUCGUCAAUGCUUUAAUCUCUGCAUCUUCUAAGCAAGGUGACAUAAAACUGGCCUGUCAAAUAUUCUGCAACAUGCACUUUAGAAACCAGAUUACCUGGAGUGCAAUUAUUUCAGGUUUCUUAUCAAAUGGAUACCCUUUUCAAGCUCUAGAGCUGUUUCGUCAGAUGCAAAAUUCAAAAAUUGAUGUAUGCACUCUAACUAUUUUGUUAAGCAUUUGUUCCGGCAUUUCAAUUUCACAACAUGGGAAACAGGUCCAUUGCUACAUUCUUAGACAUCAUUUUCUCAAUGAGAUAUCCUUAGGAAAUGGCCUCAUCACCAUGUAUGCAAAAUGCGGGCUUCUGGAGUGGUCUAUCAAGGUAUUUGAUUCCAUGAACAAAAGGAAUGUUGUGAGUUGGAAUGCUGUCAUCUCUGCAUUUGCACAGUAUGGAGAAGGGAAAAUAGCUGUCGAGUACUUCACGUUGAUGCAAUAUGAGAUUGGUCUUAGACCUGAUCAAGCCACAUUUACUGCUGCUCUCUCUGCUUGUUGCCGUACUGGUCUAGUUUGUGAUGGCAUUCGCAUAUUUAACUCCAUGGUGAAUGAUUAUAUGUUGAAGCCGGGAGUAGAUCACUUCUCUUGCCUUGUUGACCUUUUAGGGCGAGCUGGAUAUGUUGAUGAGAUGGAGAGACUUGUUGAGAGUGAGUAUUUUAAGGCUGAUCCCAAUGUUUGGUGGACUUUGUUUAGUGCAUGUGUUGCUUAUGGAAACGUAAGGCUGGGAAGGAUUGUUGCUGGGUUGCUUCUCCGAACCGAGAAAAACGACCCAGCAGUUUAUGUGUUGCUGUCAAAUAUUCAUGCAAAUGCUGGACAGUGGGAAGAUGCAGCUCAAGUUAGGGAGUUGAUGAAGACAGUUAGAGCUAUAAAGCAACCUGGAUGCAGCUGGAUUUAGCCAUAAAAAUCUUAAAAGAUCAAGUUGGCAGUAAGGUACAGUGGUUGAGCUAUACAGUAGAAGCCAUGAAAGUCACCUUUCAUUUUAAGCAACUUCACAAAAACAGCCGUUGGCAUUGCUGGAAUACUCCGUUACCUUCAUGUUUGUGAGUGGAAUAAACUGGAUAACUAUUUGGAUUGAUUAGAUGGGCCAUAGAUUCAGACUUUGGAGUUUAAGGUGCAGUAUUUAGAAAUCAAAUUUUCUGGGAAUGCAGGGCAACGGAUGAUACCAGAUUGGACACUUUGGAGGUCCCAACUUCCAGUCCUGCAGCCAAGGCAACUAGAGAUGGCCUUUUUCUAAUGCUCUGAUCAUCAGGUUGUGUUUUCUUCACCCCUUCUAUAGAAUUUAUUACUUGUUCCUGUUAGAAUCAAACCAGACCAGAAAACUUCAGACCAGACCAGACCAGACCAGACCAGACCAGACCAGACUUUAUAUCUGUUUACUUAUAACUAAUUAUAACUAACUCGGUUUAGUAAUAAUAGAAUAGAACUUGUCUCUCAAUAAAUAUUAAGUGGGGCUAUAUAAAAGAGCAAACAGUCAACUAUUUCCAAUGAAAACAUUCAUCUUUGAAUAGUAACAAUAGGAUCUCCGCCCUCCCCAGGCCCCAAUAUACACAAAAAGCUGUUAGCGCAUGAUAUAAAUCUUUUCUGUAUUAAACUCAGAACAAAUAAAGAAGAAUUAAGUAGGUAAAUCUGCAUCACUGCUACAUAAUCUGAAACCCCAAAGUAAAUAUCUAAAAGUUGACGUUUUCUCCCUUCAACUGCUACAUGUUAACUUGGCUUGUUGAGAGUGUCAUCAUUCUGAGUAAUAGAUGCUUCUCCCUAUAACAGAAAUUUGAAAUCAUCCUAUCAGGUCAAGUGAGGAGCUAUAACAAAUAAUGUAGUGAUUUUGGUUUUAGAUUGUUUACCACACUGCUUGAUCAGAAAGUGUGGAAAUGAAAAUGACCUAGUGUACCUUCUAUGAACCAUAGAAUGUAGAGAGUAUAUAGGAAUAGGACUCAAUAGUUUAGUUUACCUCUUUCAGCAAUGGGAUUUGAUCUUUGUGGUUUUUAUGUGCAGAACUAUAUGCUUUUCCCUGGAACAAGAACUCAACCAUUUAACGAAUUAACAUUGCAUAGAUCAAUCUUUUAAACCACAAACUACAGAAAGUACAUUACAAACGUAGCUAUAGAACAAUUUUUACCUCUUCAAGCAAUCGAAAUUUAUCUUUCUGGUCUUGGUUUACUGCAGGGAUUAACUUGGCUUGUUGAGAGCCAUCGUCCUGAGUAAUAGAUGCUUCUCCCUAUAACAGAAAUUUGAAAUACUCCUAUCAGAUUAAGCGAGGAGCUAUAACAUGGAUUAACUUGGCAAGUACGUUAUGCAAAAUGGUUCUAUUAGCUGAAAUUCCAAUGAAAGAGCACAUGGCAAAGAUAAUGAUGGCUGCCCACAAAGAGCUAUGGCCAAUUACAGUAUAAAUGCCGGUCAUAAAUGCAACCAUCGUCCCAUAUAGGGAUUGCAUAAGUAUCAGAACACUGCGAUCAACCAAUAAAUAUGACAUAUCACGGUCAGAAACCAUGGACCAUAUCAAGCAAAACAAGACGAACAUGGAUGUACACAUGGCGUAUGCAUCUGAUAGUAAGAACACUAGAAAUGAUGCUCUCUUUCCGAGAAUAGCAUCGCCAGUUACACUGUUAAGGCCACCAGGAAGAGUGAACCCAGCUGCAAAUGUAAUUGUUGCCAACAGAGCUGCAACCACAGAGAGUGUGUUUCGCAUCUGGUCCAGAUUCGUCCCAGGUUGGAUGUAUGUUGUUUUCAGGUAUGGAUUUACUUUGAUUUGUUUGCACAUCUUCGCCUGCAGGUAAUUAUGUAUGCUUAAUAUGUUAGUUCUAGAACCACCUAAUUGGGUACUCAAAGUGAUCCAGAGUAUAAGGCCCCAGAUGUUCUCAACAAACCAAACUGAAAAUACAAAAUAUUUUUAUUCUCAUCUCACAUGGCCUGCAGCUUAGUGUUUAUUAAACAUUUUGAUUAAGAAAAUUGACAUGAACUGUAAGUGUUAUCUAUUUAAAUUUGUGCUCUGCUUUUUCUAGUCCCAAUCAUUAACAUUAGCAGGGCCACCUUUCUUAAGACGAACGACCCUCCUUAGUUCCACCAUUGAUGAUGUCCCUCAAGAUCUAAACUACAUGAUGAUUUAAUUUCAAAGAGUGAUGCAUGUCAGCCGAACAUAACACGAACAGGAAAAAAGAUCAAGGUUUGUAGAGUUCGUAACAUACCCAGUGGUCAUUUUCUUUGCAAAGCUUGGCAAGCAAAUCCAUGGAAGUUGCACCAUGAUAGUCCUCCAUGUUUCGCUCAACCCCAUUAUCAAUGAGUAGUGCCCUAGCUAGAUUCAUGUCCUUCCUCUCGAGUGCUCGAUGCAAAGGCGUUGCACCCUCAUAAUCGAUUGUAUUCUUAAGCUCUGCAAUGGAUGGUAUCUUGAGGAAAUUAAAGUAAUCUCUGUAAGUUCGUAAUUUGAUGUGGUGCAGAGGAGUGUCAUUUUGGUCGCGGCACAUCAUCUGAAGAUCUUGACAACUAUCAAUGAAGGCAUAUACAGCCCAGGUUUCAUCUGAUCGCUCGCAUGCUGUAAUCCAAUCGAAGGGUUCUUUUUGGAUUAAAGAAGGGUUCAUCAGCAAACAUACAAGCCAGGGGACACAUGCUUCUUUGGCGUUGUUUAGAGCAGUUUUUCCCCUGUCAUCAGCUAAGUUGAUGAGCCACCAAAAUUUCUCAAGCAACCGCCUGCCAGUUUCCUCUUUGUUCAUCACAGUCAAGUGAGCAUUAGUAGUUCCCGAGGCAGAACAUAUAUAUAUAUAUAUAUAUAUAUAUAUAAAGAUAAUAAGAGUUGUUAAUUCGUCGCAAAAGAUGGGACAUACAGUAAUUCGAGGCAUCGCAGGGAUCAUAGUUUAAAUGGUGAAAAGCAGCCAGAAAAUUUAGUUACCUGUACAGAAUGGUAGCUGGUGAAGCAAUGUGACUCCGUCAUUGCGACGUAGCAUGGAGAAACGAGGUUCAUGAGUUUUCAGAAUCUCGUCUACAACCUUUCCAAAUCCUGAAGCAACAGCAAGGAGGAGUGGGCUCUCCCCCUUAUUGUUACGAAUCUUACGUAUCGCUGUAUCGAGUGAUAAGAAAUACAAUGCAAGUUCUUCAUGUUUUGAUGAUAAAGCUAUGUGCAAAGGCGUAUCUCCAUUUUUAUUCUUUGUUUUCCAAGGAGAGCUUCUACCGUCAAGUAACUCAGUAGGAAAGUCGUCUUUCAGAAGUAAGUUUAAUGGCCAAAUUUCCUCCAUUUCUGCCCAUUGAUGAAGCACGUUAUAUCCCUUAUCAUCAACUCUGUCGAUGAGGGGAGUAGAACCAUUUUCACCGCUAACACUAUAUGAGAAGGAAGACAUCAAGAUCUUCUCAGCAACCAAGUUCACCCCAUUUUGAAGCGCAAGGAAAAGUGGGCUGUUCUUUUCAUCAUCAACCAUGGCACAAAGCAAUUCCAUGUCCAUCGACAAUAACUCCAUUGCACAUUCCUCGUUAGGCGCUGCAAGGGCAACGUGCAACGGAGUCUUUUUCGUUUUAGAAAGAGCUAACCAUGGUUUCUGUAUAUGAUCAUGAUCCUUCAAUUUUGAUUUGUAGAACCCAAGAAUUAGUCGAACAAUUUCUAGAUUGUUGAUCCAAGUAGCCACAAAUAGAGGAGUCCAAUUGUUACCAUCUACUUGGGAGAAAAAUUGUUGUUGAAGCUCUGUUGGUAAUCUUUCCAUGGCUUCUCUAAAGAACUCAACUUUUUCCUUAAACGCUGCAAGGUGAAAGAUAUUACCUCCGACAUAGCCAUCAACAUCUGAUGGCUUGUGUUGAUGAUGGAAGUAAUUUGUUGGUUUCGAUUCGACCGCUCUUCUUAAGAA